AUGCAUACUCCGGACAACAGAGUGCCCGUUGAGGAGACGCUCUCUGGAAUCGAUGCCCUCUACAAGGAGGGCACUAUCAAGCGUUUUGGCCUCUCCAAUUAUUUCCCUGAACAAGUUGAAGAGGUGAUUGAGGUCUGCAAGAAGAAGGGGUUCGUUCUCCCAUCCGUCUUCGAAGGCAGCUACAACGCCGUCGCUCGUUUGGCAGAGGACAAGUUACUCUCCAUUCUUCGGAAAAACAACAUCUCCUUCUGGGCGUACAGCCCUAUUGCGGGUGGAUUCCUCACCAAGACAACACAGCAAUUCCGGGAUCAGUCCUUCGAGGGCCGCUGGCGCAAGGAUAAAUUCCUCGGCAAGUGCUAUCAGCAGAUGUAUAAUAAGCCGGAAGCCCUGGAGGCGCUGGACAAGUGGCACGAGAUUGCUGCGGCCGAGGGUAUCGCGCCUGUGGAGAUGGCGUACCGCUGGGUUGUCCACAACUCUGUGUUGGACGGUGAUUUGGGUGACGCGAUAAUCAUUGGCGCCUCAACUACGGAACAGUGGAAGAGUAAUCUGGUGGCCAUCCAGAAGGGCCCACUGAGUGCGGAGACGGCAGCCAAGAUUGAUGCUCUCUGGCCACCCCUGAGGGCGGGCUCUACUUAUUGCAAUUGGGAGGUCGUGGCGCAAAUGAUGGCGCUUCUGAAGAAGCAGCAAACCGGAAGCAGUAAGCCAGUGAAAACUCAAUAG